UCAUCUUGGCCUGCCUAAUCUAGCUGGUUUUGCCUGUGAAACCCGAAUGGCAGAAUGACCCAAAGAUCAACCACUGAAGGUGGCAAAAUGUAACGGACAGGAAGGACAGGCAACCGGGAUGAUCAGGGAAGAUCAAGCAACAGCUCCAUAACCUUGCAGUAUCUCAAUUUAACUUAUUUAUAGUACAAGUGUAAUUUGGCUUGGCGAACCCUUGGAAACAUGUUGGCAAUAUUUAUAGUCACGUCUGUUUUCUUUACAUCGACCUUAAGUCAGGAUGUGAAUCGUAUAUUGGAAUUGUACAAUUCUGGUUUAGGUUCGAAGAGUGAUGAGAUGUGUUUAGUACACGACAUCGGAUGCUCGGAUUGUCAUACCAUUUCAAUCUGCAUGGUUGGUAUGAAUCGCCUGAAAAUCCCAUGUGCUGAGCCGAACAAUUACUGCAAGGACGGUGGCUGCAUGCCCACCUCAGACAAUACUUGUCCCGCGGAAGCGAGCGAGUUCGACUGUGCCUCCAAUGAAGGCACGUUUCCCGACCCAAAGGACUGCACGAUGUACCAUGUGUGCUUGAAUGGCAGCGCUUAUGACUAUAAGUGCAAAUUACCCUUCACGGUCUACAGCCCUGAGACAAAGACCUGCGUGAGGAAGUCGUUGAAGCACAAAUGUUCGACAGUCUUGUGCACACAAGAUGGCCAAAAAGUCGCAUACCCGUCCGACCCGUCGAUUUUUUUCGUCUGCCAAAAUGGGGAACCAGCUGUACUUCAAACCUGUCCAAAAUUUAGCGUACUGAAUGAAAAAACUCAACAGUGCAAAGAGCAUUGUGCCGAAGAAGGCCCCAUUCCGGAUUUAAAUGAUGAAAAAUCAUUCUACGAAUGCGUAUGGAAAUUAGGGACCAUAUAUGUCAUGGAGCAUAGGUUGUGCCCCCAGAUUGCAAAUGUUGUCAAAUCAGUUUUUGAUCCAGAAAAAAGAGAAUGCGUGCUUGUAACUGCAGAUUAAUCAAAAAAUACUUAAAAUGUAAUGUAAUACUAUCAAUUAAAUUUUUUUUAAUAAAUUUA